AGGCGUUCUACUCCACUUCUCGGUCGGUUGAGUUUGGUCAAUGCAUACCUUGGUAAGUCAGAGCCAGGGAUGCUGUUUGAUGGAUCCACUAUGAAACGCUGCAAGGGGGAUGGUGUUGAGUGCCACUGAGCUGUCCAUGUCUUGGUAUAGUCCAGUGUGAGGUGGUCUCUUUUGGCUGAGAGGUCUUAAUCAGCUCCAUAGCAUCCGAGGCGAAUGGCUUCCUCGAUUUCAAACGCUGUUGGGAGCCAGUUCGUCUCUCUGCUAUCAUGGUCCCAUGAAGAAAGUGGUUGGGUUCCUGUGCACGACGUGAAAUUGCCAAGGUCGCUGCUUUCCGUCUGAUUUCGGAUGGUGGGAUCCCAGCGGGGACAGGUAACUCUUCGACUUGUACUUUGUAGCACUCUAUACAUGUAUACGGAAGUCUUAUCCCAAUUUUAUGGAUUAGUUCUUUUGAUGUUGCGUUCAAGCGACACUGCGUCCUACAAUGCUGGAACCGCGAGGUGCUUGCAGGCUGUAAGCACACUUAAAGUCUUGAGCUCCCCUGCUUGGUAGCGGACCCUCAUAGCUUGAACAGUCUUCCUUGCAUGCUCUUACUAACUUUUGUUGAAAUACCGUCUAAGUUUGGACUCCAUCGGUUGGCACAUCUGGAGCUUCACCAGGGAUGCCUCUUUUUUGUAGCAGCAUCACGACGGUGUCAAAAAUGACGCAGUGUCGCCCAGCUCUGCCGUUAAGUCGCCUGUGGUGCGGGUUGACCAGAUUACGAUUUGAAUAGGGUACGAGUUGACUCGGAAACGAGUUGACUCUGGUACGGGUACGAGUUGAUAGACUUGUGUGUAUAAUAGUGUUGAUCCGUUCCCCUCGGUGUCAAAAGGUCGAAUUCAGACCUCUGCGCUAGUGAGCAGGUCAUGGGCUCAAAUCCCCCCUUAGGCCCUGUAAGCUCAUGAUUUUUUCAAGCUCUCGCACAGGAGUGUGUUGUACUUGCACAUUGUUUUCACGUUGGCUAUGACCACAACCCAAUUCAAUACAAGACAAUCUUCUUAACAGUAAAUUGUAGACAUCGUGAGCAGUUAACAGAGGGCGCUAUUGAGAGGACUUAUCAAUGAGAAUGUUUUGAGUCUCAUUGAAAGUGGCAUUCUUUAGAGAAAAACGAAAUCUGUUUUUGUUUCAUUUAUCGUUCGACUUUCGCAUAAUGCAUUCAGAGUGGAGAAUAUGAGGCCUGCCCGUCAAAUUGUCCAUUAUGAAGCAGUCAGCGGUAAUAUUAUGUUCUACUUUUUCAAAGCCUGUCACUAACUCUGUGGGUAUAUUUGUCAAAAUCCACCGCAGUAUUUCGCUAAUUAAUUCAUAGUUAAAUGUUUUUGACUUCGUGAAAACAUUUUCUUGUCGACUGCUGCCUUUUCCAACGUGCCUUAUUAUUGAAAUCUUCGAUUUUAUGACCACAUUUUUAUUGACUCUAUAUUUUUUUCCCGGAUAUAGGUUUUUGACUCCCUCUAAACAAAUUGAUUGAGGAUUGAAUUGAUUAGUCCUUCGUUAUUGUAGGGAGAUUCGCCAGCUGUUUACAUGUAUUCAGCAAGUCGGAAAUCCCAGGAAAUGAGGGGAUUUCCAUUCCGGUAAUUAAGUUAAUUACGUUAUUAAUCAGUUUGGAGAUGAAACAAUUUGUAACUAAAUACAGGAAGUGGCCUAUCAAACUAUAAAAUUGAAUGUGUCUAAGAGAAUCCAACUUUUUCAUUUUUAUUGAUAAUUUGUCCACACAAACAAAUAAAAAGUGUACAUGUCUGUUGUAAAAGUUCGUUUAAAAAGCUUUUUACAUCAUUGGUUUCAAAGUCAAAAAGAUUACACAACAAUAAUUAGGUGUUUUUUUACGUACGUUACGUACGUUGUUGUACACUUCAAAACCACCACAAUGUGAAUCAUGAGUCAUUCCAAACUUCAAGAAACAGAUUUACGAAGCACAAAAAGCAAGGAAGACAAUGAGAACAAUUACCAAGUUUUGAUUUUUUUUUUAACAAGAACAACGGGGGAUAUGAGGGCACGCCCCUCCCUCCCCCGCUUUGAAUUUGGCGAAGACAAAUGAGCUUUUAUUUGUUAGAAAAAAAUGUUGAGUGCUCCGGUCCCCACCCAAGAAUAAGAGUGCCCCUCCAUCCUCCUCCCCUUCACUAAGGUGGACCCUUGUUUUGCCACUAGCUGCACAAUCAAGAACAGCGACCAGAUUUGCGGAGGCGAAUAACCCCGCCCCAACCUUCCCUCUAAAAAAGACACUACAAUUAAUGCAUGUUUGACAAUGCAAUCGAUUGCCACCACCGCCCAUCAUUCAAGGUUAGCCAACGAGCAAACUAGUCUCCCUCAACAUUAUUACAAGCCUGUCACGCCAAUAUCAAUAGCGUAUUUGCAUUGUGCGUACGUCGUCUAGGCUGUGCUUGGCAGACACAGACACAACGUGUUCAAUGCACCGUGAACCUGAACUCUGUAUGGUCUCUGGUCGGUCAAAGCAGCCGCCAGCCUGCAGACGGUAUUGUUCCGUUCGUGUAUGUGAAGCGAGGCUGUCGCUAUUAUUGUGCGGUGGGAAUGUGUGUCUAUGUUUGCAACUAUAUCACAUGGAAAUAAUGUGUGACGCGGCUGGGCACUCUAAAUGACAGUGAUAUUCUUGAUGACAUUAUUGUAGGCACAGUACAUUCGUUUAAUCUACUACUCCUUUGACUUCGGACGUGUAUAUAACCUGAGUACCGAGUUACACUGUCGUCUUCGCGCUGCUUGAACGGGUGCUCUCGAUAUAAACUUCUUUUCUGUAACUCGCCCGACGUUUUGACAAGAAUCACCACACCAUGGCUUCCGAGGAUGCUUCAGUUACCGUGGAGCUGACCACAGAAUCGAGCUGCUCCCCGUCAGCGGCAGCAGGCGGCGACCAUGACGGGGGCUCGCCCCGUGUCCGCGAAGCCCAUGUUUUCAUCUCCAACAGACAGAUGUCCACUACCAAAGAUGUCAUUAUCAGUGUGCGGGAGAAACACGGAUCCUUCCGAUCUGCUGUGCCCUGCAUGCCCAUGUCACUCGCACUCGUCUGCUGCCUACUCAAUAUCUUUACGCCAGGAAUCGGUACCCUUGUGUCUGCGUUCUCCGUGUUCUGUUGUGGCUUCACCAGGAUCAGCUCACAGCGUGCGUUCCUAUGGAACCUACUGGCUGCUGUGUUGCAGACCAUCACAUCUAUCUUCAUUGUGGGAUGGAUCUGGAGCAUUUCGUGGGGAAUGACAUUCUGUACCCUGGCCACUGAAUACAAAUAUGAGAAGCAAGUCAGGGGAAAGCAGCACCAGUCUGCGAGAUGGACUCCUACUUAGCGACAAGUGGAAUCUAUGCUUUGGCUGGUCUGACGCUGGUUGAAGUACGGAAAAAAGGUCAUCACAUGUCAUCCAGCAGAGUGUAAUCUCUGCAUGUUUUCAAGAAUUACACUUGUCGACCUUUUGAGUCAGUGCUUUGCCUUAAGACUAUCUUCAGUCUCUGGCCAAAUUGGUAAUCUCUGCCGCUUUCCUGUGAACCAGCUCUUGGUCAGCAAUUACGCCCAAACGUCUGGUGGUUCCUGAGACCAAACACUAUGGUCGACUUUCGUGAGGUCUGAAGAUUGGCCAGGACUAACUCUGGUCAGCUUGUGAAGUCUACUUCUGGUAAACAAGUGCGACAUUUGCUUCUUAAAGAGUGUCUUCGCCCUGCAGAGUGGCUUCAAAACUAUGCCUUUAUUGUAAAGAUGCGGAUGUAAUAGCCGUGUAGGCAAAAUGUUACACGGUGUGCGUUACGAAGAAGUUUCGAUCCUUCUUUUUUUGUGAAUAUAUCUGAAUAAUAACUACAUGUACUUGAGGAUUCUCAAGCGAAAUGUGGAUUUGAAGAGAUUUCGACGUCAAAAUUGUGACUGAUUUGGGAUACGGACUGCUUUUAUUCCCAGUCAUGAGGAGGAAUUGAGUUCCAGAGACAGCUGAGCUGCUAGUGAAUCAUAUUGUCCCUUAUCGUACCUGACUCCCUUGUCGAUGAUGGACAUUUUGCUAAACAUGAAAGACCAAAGAAAAAAGUAGUUAUAACCCAACCAUCGUGUGAUGUCACGGAGGAAGGAAAUCGUUAUGACAUUUUGCGAAACGAUGAUCUUGCUUAAAGAAGAGAUCGUGCGGUGAGGAUGUCUGAAGGAAGAUGGAGUUAAGGACCCGGUUUUUAGAACACUAUGCACUCCAAAGCCGCCCUCAGGUCGACCUGCGAUUUGCUUGCGCCACGACGGAACGGUCGGCAUCAAGCACAAAAGUCAUGCUCAGGUCAUAAAGACACCCUGAGAAAUCGUUUGAUUAUCGUAGAACAAGCGGCAUCUCGACACAGAAUAAUUGCUCGCGUCACCCACGACGCGAUGACGAAUCACAAUAAAACUUCACACAGGUCGACUGCGAUUGAUUCCCGCCUCUCGGAACCACAUUCCGUUGAAAUUGAAAUUGAAAGUGAAAUUUAGAAGUUGAAAUGUUUGUACUCUUGCGACUGUCGAUUUUUGAGUGCCGGCUGAGGCCGAUCGUCAUAAUAUCGUCGCAGUUACACCCAUGUCACACACAAAUCGGCGACUGAAAUGUUCCCGACCGUCGUAGCUCAGGAGCAGCUUGAUCCUGACAAGUCAGUGGCCGAUUGUUCUGUGUCGUCAGCAAGGUCGACCCGAGGGCGGCUUUAAAGAGUCCCGGGCCAGAUUUGACCCGGAUUCCGGUUUUAUUUGACCCGAUACUCUUCGUGGUCAACAUGACACAUUUCUGGGUCAAAUGACACUUUUGCCGAGGUUCCGGGUCAAAAUGACCAGGACAAUGGUCCAAAAAGUGUCAUUACGAUACAGAUAAGUAUGAUUUAGAUUAUGCACAAACCAACCUGCAGUGUGAUAUGCAAAGCUGUAUCAUACUGUAGCGAGACUUCUCCUUCCAUACCGUGACUUUUUAUUGUUUGACAUUGCGUGUUGUGUUGUGAAUGAGUGUAACCGACAUACUUUUAAUGGAUGUAAACAACUGUAUUGCUUGUAAAAAUUAACGUACGUGUUAGCCUUCGUACAAGCCGUUAGGAGUUGUGUGACAAAAUAUUGUACAUUAUGAAAGUUAUGCUCUUAAUAGUGGUAUGCAGUCGGUUAAGGUAUUGAUUUGUGCCAUUUCGGUUUUAGUUUUUGAUUCGAUUUGUUUUAAUUUUGUUAAGGCUGAAGAUUGCUGCAGAUUCUAAAUUCUUCCACAGAUCCAAGUUUCAAGUACCUUUGUCCUAAUAGCUUGUUGUUAUUUCGGUUGUGUACUAUAUGAAUCUAGCAACCAGUUGUGUAAAAAAAAAUGAACAAGUUGUGC